UUGACAGCAUCACAGCUGCACUGAAGGCUGGAUUCUGUUCCAGGGUUUAAAUCGAAUGUGACAACGCAAUUAAUUUGACUCCGGCAUGAAAUUUUCACUUCUUUGAUUAUAAUUGCAUUAUUAUGCUAACUGCGUAUGUAGGCGGAUAAAGCAUGUCAAACACCGCAACAGGUGUCACCCUUUACUUUCUGCACAUUUCACGCUGCUUAUUUGUAAACCUAUCCCAUUCUCCAGUUUGAGUGCGUAAUUCACUGCACUAGCUAUAUUUGGUAAAGCCAAUGUCUUGUGAAAUGGAUAAUUUAUGGCAGUGAUAAAAACGAGGUUUCUCAUCACCUGCAUUAGUGCUUUUUGAUUGACAUAUCAGGCAAAAAGCGGAGUUGUCGACUUAUCUCAUGCAUUUUCCAACAAUGCAGCAGACGAAAUGACUGCAAGCGGGUUGCAAGUACUAGCUGGGUUAUAAAAAAUGAACUCUCCCACCCCUCAAAAUAGCACAUGCCUCAAUCAAUACAGGACAAUGGUGAAAUAAUGCACUGCAGCAAUAACUGGCAACUGUUACAGCUGAUGUGAAACCGCUUGUGUCAGCAUGGAGCGGGAUGUCCAGGCAGGCGCUGUGUCUCGUGUCAGUGCGCGGAGAGCAGACAGCUGCUGAGCUCAGGGAGGCACCAGUUGCUCUGUCUGUCGCUGCUGUGAUAGUGGAUCUAGACCCGUGUCUCCCGUUCCUGAGUGAUGACAACACUUUCUGUACGCGAGCGACCUGAAACAAUCACGUCGGAGGGAUAAACGAGGGCGAAGGCGUUUGCACUUCCACGCCGCGUUGGUUUGUGCGCUUUGCUGAGUGACUAUGGUGGAGCUGGAGAAGGAGGUUCUGCCGCUGCCGCCGCGGUACCGGUUCCGAGACCUGUUGCUCGGGGACUGGCAGACCGACGACAGAGUGCAGGUAGAGUUCUAUGUGAAUGAAAACACUUUCAAGGAACGUCUGAAGCUGUUCUUCAUCAAAAACCAAAGAUCCAGUUUGAGAGUGCGACUCUUCAACUUCUUCCUGAAGGUUCUGAGCUGCCUGCUCUACAUCGUACGAGUCCUGCUAGAUGAUCCACGGGAGGAGAGAGACUGUCCUGGCUGUCUCAGACAGAAUGCCUCUGCCCACAACAGAAGCCAUUUUGACUGGUCCCUCAUUAUUUGGGUGAACAGGCCUCUGCCACUCUGGGCUCUUCAGGUGCUUGUUGCAUUCAUCAGUUUUUCAGAGACAAUGUUGCUGGUGUACCUCAGCUACAAGGGCAACGUUUGGGAGCUAGUGUUGCGCAUUCCGUUCGUUCUGGAGAUGAUCAGCGCCGUUCCUUUCGUGAUCACUGUGAUUCUGCCCUCCCUCAGAAACUUGUUCAUUCCUGUUUUCCUGAACUGCUGGCUGGCCAAACACGCUCUCGAGAACAUGAUUAAUGACCUGCACAGAGCGAUUCAGCGAACACACUCGGCCAUGUUCAACCAGGUGCUCAUCCUCAUCAGCACCCUGCUCUGCCUCAUCUUUACCUGUAUUUGUGGUAUUCAGCACUUGGAACGAGCAGGGAACAACCUGACGCUCUUUGACUCUCUGUAUUUCUGUGUUGUCACCUUCUCUACGGUGGGAUUUGGUGAUGUUACACCUCAGAUCUGGCCCUCUCAGCUGCUGGUGGUCAUCAUGAUCUGUGUGGCUCUUAUAGUUCUACCAAUACAGUUUGAGCAGUUGGCUUUCUUGUGGAUGGAGCGACAGAAGUCCGGAGGGAACUACAGCCGCUAUCGUGCCCAGACUGAGAAGCAUGUGGUGUUGUGUGUCAGCUGUCUCAAGAUAGACCUACUCAUGGACUUUCUCAACGAGUUCUUCGCACACCCCAGACUGCAGGACUACUAUGUGGUCAUCUUAUGUCCCGCUGAGAUGGACGUCCAGGUGCGAAGGGUACUGCAUAUCCCGCUAUGGGCUCAGAGGGUCAUCUACCUGCAGGGAUCUGCUCUCAAAGACCAGGACCUAAUGAGGGCAAAGAUGGAUGAUGCCGAGGCCUGUUUUAUCCUAAGCAACCGAUUUGAAGUGGACCGCUUUGCUGCUGACCACCAGACCAUUCUUAGGGCCUGGGCCGUGAAAGACUUUGCCCCAAACUGCCCUCUCUACGUGCAGAUCCUCAAACCUGAGAAUAAGUUCCACAUCAAGUUCGCAGACCAUGUGGUUUGUGAGGAAGAGUUUAAGUAUGCCAUGUUGGCCCUCAACUGUGUGUGUCCUGCCACCUCCACCCUGAUCACCUUAUUGAUUCACUCCUCUAGAGGACAAACAGCAUCUUCAGAGGCCUUCAAGCAGCGAGCAGGCGCCUUCCAGCCCCUCAACAGGGAAGGCGGUGCUGGCUCUGUCGACCAAUGGCAGCGCACGUACCGGCGGUGUGCAGCCAAUGAGGUCCACCACAUCCGGCUGGAAGAGAGCAAGUUUUUUGGAGAAUAUCAGGGAAAGAGUUUCACUUUUGCCUCCUUUCAUGCACAUAAGAAAUACGGCGUGUGUCUGAUCGGGGUGCGCAGGAUGGACACAGCCAACAUCCUCUUGAACCCCGGACCCUGCCACAUCAUGGGAGCCUCCGACACCUGUUUCUACAUCAACAUCUCCAAGGAGGAGAACUCAGCCUUUGUUAGGGGCCACAGAGAGCCAGUCAGGGGCCCCGGGGGCGACUCCAGAGCAGUCCCGCAGACAAUCUAUCAUGGCCUCACUCGACUACCAGUGCAUAGCAUUAUAGCCAGCAUGGGCACGGUAGCCAUAGAUCUGCAGGACUCCAGUGACAGCAGUCCAGAAGGCUCGGGCCCGCCAGUUCUGGGCAGCGGGAGUGUGAGUAGGAGUGGCUCCCGGACAGAAGUGGGCGGCUGUAACACUCUAGCGCUGCCCGCCACGAGUGGCUCAGGGGAAGAGAGGAGACACAGCAUCGCCCCCGUCCUGGAGGUGGUUGAUGGGGUGCACAGCGCUACAUUUGACCUGCUAGGGGACCAAUCGGAGGACGAGGGAGGAGAGGAAGGGAAGGAGGAAGAGGGGGGAGAGCAGAAAGGCCAGUGGUGGGGAGCACACUGCGAAUGGGUCAAAGGCUACCCGCUAAAUUCUCCAUACAUCGGCAGCUCUCCUGCCCUCUGCCAUCUCCUGCAGGAGAAAAUGCCAUUUUGCUGUCUGCGCUUGGAUAAGGCUUGCCAUCAUAUGCCCUACGAGGACGCUCGCUCAUACGGCUUUAAAAACAAACUGAUUAUCGUGUCCGCAGAAAGCGCUGGAAACGGCCUCUAUAACUUCAUCGUUCCGCUGCGGGCAUAUUACCGGCCCAGGAAGGAGCUCAACCCCAUCGUUUUGCUACUGGAGAAUGUACCUGAGGCAGACUUUCUGGAGGCCAUCUGCUGGUUCCCUAUGGUUUUCUACACAGUGGGCUCCAUUGACAAUCUGGAUAGUCUUCUGCGUUGUGGUGUGACGUUUGCUGACACCAUGGUUGUGGUGGACAAAGAGAGCUCCAUGAUCGCUGAAGAGGAUUACAUGGCUGAUGCCAAGACCAUUGUUAAUGUUCAGACACUCUUCAGGCUUUUUCCAGCUCUCAGUAUCAUAACUGAACUCACACACCCGGCCAACAUGCGCUUCAUGCAGUUCAAAGUGAAAGACCACUAUUCUCUAGCUCUCUCCAAACUGGAAAAAAAAGAGAGAGAGAGAGGCUCUAACCUGGUGUUCAUGUUCAGAUUACCGUUUGCAGCUGGGAAGGUGUUUAGUGUCAGUAUGUUAGACACGCUGCUGUAUCAGUCCUUUGUGAAGGACUACAUGAUCUCCAUCACCAGACUGCUGCUAGGUCUCGACUCCAUGCCUGGAUCUGGCUUCCUGUGUGCUAUGAAGAUCACAGAGGAGGAUUUGUGGAUUCGCACUUAUGGCCGUCUCUACCAGAAGCUGUGCUCGUCGACAGGAGACAUUCCCAUCGGCAUCUACCGCACUGAAGCGCAUAAACUGCCCGUCUCAGAGUCUCAGGUGUCCAUCACGGUGGAGGACUACGAGGAUACGCGCGAACCACGCGAGCCCCUGCUCUGCCGCUCCGGUCUUCACCGUAACUCCACGUCGUCCGAGCCUCCCUCCUCCUCAUCAUCACAGGCCAUGGACCACCCGCUCCUGAGGAGGAAGAGCAUGCAGUGGGCACGGCGGUUGAGUCGUAAAGGUGGGCGGAGCUCCAGCGGGGCCAAGGGAAUGGGGAGCGCCGCCGAGCGCAUCAGCCAGCAGAGACUCAACCUGUUCCGCCGCUCCGAGAGACAGGAGCUCAACGCUUUGGUCCGCACACGCAUGAAGCACCUGGGGCUCUCGCCAUCUGGAUUUAAGAAAAAGGCAACUAAGAAGACUUUCUUUGACAAAGAUGGGAUGACGGACCAGGGCAACAGACUGUCUUAUAUUCUUAUCAACCCUUCACCCGACACACGCCUGGAGCUCUAUGAUGUCGUGUAUCUGAUCAGACCAGACCUUCUGUCACCAGUGCCUAACCAGGCCGGCGGUCGCAAGCCCAGCGCAGGGCCGGCGGAGGGACACAGAUUUGACACACAAGACAGCACUCAUCUAUAAACAUAAUCACCACAGGCCACCAGCAUGAGAACAUGUGGACAUACUUAUAUAUAUAUAUGUGUGUGCGUGUGUGUGUGUGUGUUUACGGUUGCGAGAGAGAGAGGAUUACCUGUGCAGAUGGGACUGUGAGCUGAAUCUACACUGUAAAAAGUGAUCUAGCUUUUAGUUUCCUUCAGUCAGCUUUCAUGUUAAAUAGUCAAUACAACUGAAACUUUUGAGAGAACAUGUUUUUUUAAGCUUUCAUUGAAUCAAUUAAUGAAUGCUUUUUACAAAAACCACCAAGAGCCUGUCCAGGUCACAUUAAAUGCCAAAAUUAGAAGAAAAAAAAAAUAGAUGUUUUGAAUUGUGAUGCUAUUUUCAUGACAAUUAAAUAUAUUUGUUUCAUUUUGCAAUACAAGUCAUUACGGAAGUCCGUUUCCACCACUGAAUAACAUUUUUGUUUUAAAAAAAAGGUUAAUGCGACUGUGAAAAGAAGUCAGAAUUGUGAGAUAUAAACUUGCAAUUGCGAGUUAUAAAGUCAGAAUUGCGAGAUAUAAACUCACAAUUCUGACAUUUUUUAUAUCUUGUUUUAUAUCUGAGUUUAUAUCUUGCAAUUCUGACAACUGUGAGUUAAAGUCCAAUUUUGAGGGGAAGGGGGGGAGACUGAUAUGUACUCAGAAUUGCGAGUUUGUAUCUCACAAUUCUGACUUUAUAACUUGCAAUUGUGUGAUAUAAACUUGCAAUUCUGAGAAAAAAAAGUCAGAAUUGUGAGUAUGUAUCUCGCAGUUCUGACUUUAUUUGUCAGAAUUGCGACUUUAUAUAUCACAAUUAUGACUUUUUAACUUGCAAUUGCGAGUUUAUAUCACACAGUUCUGAGGAAAAAAAGUCAGAAUAUCAAGUUUGUAUCACACAAUUAUGAGAAAAAAAGUCAGAAACUCGCAAUUACCUUUUUUAUUUUUUAUUCAGUGGCGGAAACAGGCUUCCAUAAGUCACAGCAUAUUUCACAUGCUAAAAAAUUACUUAUUUUCCAUUAAAAUAUGGUAAUUGUAAUUGUCACAAUCAUAAUGGUCCUAAAAGUAUGCUUCAUUAUUUAUUAUUGUUCUCUCAAGAGCAUGGUUAAAAUAAAUAAAAAUGAAAAAAAAAAAUAUAUAUAUAUAUAUAUAUAUAUAUAUAUUGCCAUGUCCGCUUAUUAUAAGCACUUCUGGAAUUCCUUUUUUUUCUCUCUCUAUCAGUCAUAUGUUUCAGCCUCAUGCUUUGCCCCAGUAGCACAAUAAAGUCUGAUGACUUCUAAUAUAACUUAUGAUCCUUAUAAUAUGUAUUGUAACAUGUAUAAUAUGUAUGUAACAAUACGUAGCUUUGUUUAAGUAUGAUUCUGUAAAUAACAGGAGGUAGAAUAUUUAACUUAAAAGUUGAUCUACUGUAUCUAAAUCUAUCCUAUCAAAUGUAAAAGAUAAAAGCCGUCAGUGUAUAAAACAAAAGAGUCUGUGCAAACCAAGAGUGAUUUUUCAAGAUGAAAAUGCCAUCUUUAAGGCACGAGACAUCCAUAAUUUCUAGAUCUUUUAACACAUUCUUCACCAAAAUGUGUUUCUGUAGGUCAAGAAAUGCUCAUGGGUUUGAUUCCCAGGGAAAAACACACAUAAUUAUAAAGGUUUACUUUAGGUACACAGUAAGAUGAAAAUGUAAAUAUAUGACUGACAAAUUUAGACAAAGCAACUGGGUAACAAACUGGGAACGUUAAAACAACUGAAAGUUUUAAAACUACUAGUUUAUCAAAUAUUUACUGCACUUAAUUUAAUUUGUCAAGAUUAUACAAAACGAACAAUAUCUGUUGAAUCUUUUAAAUGAAUGCAUAAAGUCAAGGUUUUUAAAUUAAAUUAACAUAAUAAAGCUCUCCAAAGAAAAUACUGGAUUCAUUUUAAAUCACAUCAGUGCAAAUGGAUUACAAACUUUUGUAUAUUUAAGCAACAAAUCACUUUUUACAGUGUAAUCUAAUCCUUAUUUUCUUACUAAAGGACAUUCCAAUGCAUGAACCUUUGAAAAACUCAUUUACAUUUGAUUUAUGCAUCAAAUUAUUUUUGAUGCGAGACAGCCGAGGCCACGUAAGUGCAUUUAUGAUGUAACUUGUAAUAGUCUCUGUGCAUGUGAAUAUAUGUUGAAUAGCCAGCACUGCCAAUCUUAACUUGGACUGCCAAAGGAACAUGCUGCCAAAUGUCCGUGGACGGGGUUUGUUCUCUGUUGCUCUCUGUCAUGUACAUUCAGUGUCUGUAGGCUGCUCUGGACCCUGGGAUUUGUCAAGCCGUAUCAGAAAGGCAGUGCUUGUAUGUUUUGUGAAUGUUUUCUACUGUUGUCUUUCCCAAAUUCUCUCUGGACUUGCAUAUUGCUUUGCAAGCUGCCAAAAAGGAUCUUAUUAAAUGGUCAUUGGACCAAAUGAAUGAUCCACAAUCUUUCUCAUUCUUUUACCGCAACAUCUGUUGGUUAUUCUCAGAGGAGGCUUUAAAAACAAGCCGUCUGUGUCUUCAAUGACAUUUUGAAGUCAUUGUUUUUAAAGAAAAUUGAAUUCUUUCUGUACAAUGGCUUAAGUCUAUUUGAUGUUUGCUUUGAUAAGAUCAUCUGUUCAGCUUUGGGUUUGUGGGUUUAUUUGUUUUAUUCCCCCUUCUAUUGAGAUGUUUCUGCCUUUGCCAAGGCUGUUUUUGUCAUUUGUCAGUAUAAUAUCCUGUUGCUGGCAUGCAUGCUAAAGAACAUGCAUGUAUAGACCAAGGAUUUGUUCGUCCUGCCAUGAAGUACAGGAGUGAACGAGAAUGUACCGUCCUGCAGCUCUGUGUUGACAAUGCACUUUUGCCUUGAUUCAGUGCCAUUCAAACACAUGAGCAUAAUAAAAUCAAUCAAACUGA